ACAAAAAUAACACCACACCGCUCUCCUCACUUUGUUUCUUCAUCUUCCUUUCUCUCCUCUUCCUUCACAAUUUGACGCUUUCUCAACCUUCUUCCUCGUCGAUGGAUCCCACCAGAGCUUUUGUGAAAAGUGUCAAACGAGUUAUCGUCAAGGUUGGAACAGCCGUGGUUACUCGUAGUGAUGGAAGAUUAGCAUUGGGAAGACUUGGAGCUCUCUGCGAACAGCUAAAAGAGCUAAAUGAUAAGGAUUAUGAGGUUAUAUUAGUGACUUCAGGUGCAGUUGGUCUUGGCCGACAAAGACUAAGAUAUCGAAGAUUGGUCAAUAGCAGCUUUUCGGAUCUUCAAAAUCCACAAGGAGACCUUGAUGGGAAAGCAUGUGCAGCUGUUGGGCAGAGUAGUCUCAUGGCUCUCUACGAUAUCAUGUUUAGUCAGCUUGAUGUAACUUCGUCCCAACUUCUUGUAAACGAUGGGUUCUUCAGGGAUACAGCUUUCAGAAAACAAUUGUCAGACACUGUGAGCGCAUUAUUAGAUUUAAGGAUUAUCCCCAUUUUCAAUGAAAAUGAUGCCGUUAGUACUAGGAAGGCGUCCUACGAGGAUUCUUCUGGUAUCUUCUGGGACAAUGACAGUUUGGCAGGUCUAUUGGCUCUAGAACUUAAAGCUGACCUCCUUGUUCUAUUGAGUGACGUUGAGGGUCUUUAUAGUGGCCCUCCGUCUGACCCUAAGUCAAAGUUAAUUCACACAUAUGUAAAAGAAAAGCAUCAAAGUGAAAUUACUUUCGGAGAAAAAUCAACAUACGGAAGAGGGGGUAUGACUGCGAAAGUUAACGCGGCUGUUUGUGCUGCUUUUGCUGGCACACCUGUCAUUAUUACUAGUGGCUUUGCUACAGACAACAUCAUAAGAGUGCUUCGAGGGGAAAGAAUUGGUACUAUCUUCCAUAAAGAUGCUCAUUUGUGGACCAGUAUAAAGGAAGUGAGUGCUCAUGAAAUGGCAGUUGCAGCACGACAUAGUUCUAGACGACUUCAGGUGAGUGAAGUUACAUGUAUAAAAUGUGAAGGGCAGUUUGGUAGUCUUGUUUUAUUACAUAAUUGGUGCUUCUGGUUUCAGCUCCUAAAUUCUGAAGAAAGAAGAAAAAUAUUGCUGGCAAUAGCUGAUGCAUUAGAGAAUAAUGAAGGUUCGAUAAGGCUUGAGAAUGGAGCUGAUGUUGCUGAUGCAGAGGAGAUCGGAUAUGACAGAGCACUCAUAUCACGUUUAACCCUGAGACCCGAGAAGAUCUCUAGUCUUGUAAAGUCUGUUCGCCUUCUGGCUAACAUGGAAGAACCCAUUGGUCAGAUUUUAAAGAGAACUGAGCUUGCAGACAAACUCGUCCUGGAAAAAAUAUCAUGUCCUUUAGGUGUUCUCCUGGUUAUAUUUGAAUCUCGACCGGAUGCCCUUGUUCAGAUAGCUGCAUUGGCAAUUCGAAGUGGAAAUGGUUUACUUCUUAAAGGAGGAAAGGAAGCCAAACGAUCAAAUGCAAUCUUACACAAGGUUAUUACUUCGGCUAUUCCAGAUACAGUGGGUGCCACACUCAUUGGGCUUGUGACUUCAAGAGAAGAGAUUCCAGAUCUGCUCAAGCUUGAUGACACGAUAGAUCUAGUGGUCCCUAGAGGCAGUAAUAAGCUUGUUUCUCAAAUCAAGGAUGCAACAAAGAUUCCUGUUCUUGGUCAUGCUGAUGGAAUAUGUCAUGUAUACGUUGACAAAUCAGCAAAUAUCGAUAUGGCAAAGCAGAUCAUUAGGGAUGCAAAGACUGAUUACCCUGCGGCUUGCAAUGCAAUGGAAACCCUUCUUGUACACGAAGAUCUGUCAAGCAAUGGUGGACUUGUUGAACUUGUUGCUGAACUCCAACGCGAAGGCGUUAAAGUAUAUGGUGGACCAAGAGCCAGUGCCUUGUUAAAUAUUUCUGGAACAAACUCUUACCAUCUGGAGUAUAGCUCACUAGCUUGUACAGUUGAAAUUGUAGAUGAUGUAUAUGCUGCCAUCGACCACAUACAUCAACAUGGAAGUGCACAUACUGAAUGCAUUGUUGCAGAAGACUGUGAAGUUGCUGAAGCUUUCUUAAAUCAGGUUGACAGUGCUGCUGUAUUCCACAAUGCAAGUACAAGGUUUUGUGAUGGAGCUCGAUUUGGCCUUGGUGCAGAGGUUGGAAUAAGCACAAGCCGAAUUCAUGCCAGAGGUCCUGUCGGAGUUGAAGGGUUGUUAACAAAUAGAUGGAUAUUGAGAGGAAGCGGGCAUGUUGUAAAUGGUGAUCGAGGGAUCACCUAUACGCACAAGAAUCUACCAGUAAAAGCAUAAAUGCGCAGCUAGAGAUUGUUAAGGAUUAUCGCCAUUCACCUCAUUAAACCAGCAGCAAUUUUUCUGUUAUAUUUUUCUCGUACAGAAGUUUCUGCUGCCGUCCGUGCAAUGUGUAUUUUGACUUCCAUAUUUACCCCUUCCCAGAUUUUUUUUCCUUAUCUGGAACAUGCUUAGGGGAAAUAAAAUAACUGCACGAAUGAUUAGGCUAUGUACUCGGGAUUUUUUUUUAUUAAAUUACUGCUUGAGAUUGUGAAACAGCAAUGCAGUGACAAAUAGGAUUAUACAUUUAUGGUUUUGAACAGCAAUAUAACCUUCUGAAGUUGCCUAAUUAUGUUCU